UCUUGCUUGAUGUCUCCUGAGCGGUGGCGGCUCCCGGUCUGAGACUGAGUUGCGCGCGAGGCCCCGCUCUCAGGCCGCUUUCAUCCGCCGGUCGGUGGAGCGAACCUUUUGCUUCCGUCCUGCUUAUUCCUUCCUCUUCUGUGUGACUCAGCCCGGCUGCCGGGCGACCAGCCGAGCUCCCCUAAGACUUGCAGAGUUCCAUGAAGACAACUUACAAAGACCUGAAUGGCCUCAGUUUAGCUGCUUCAGAGUGUGUGGAGCUAUUUCUUGCUCCGUCAUUUUCUGUGCCUGGUCUGACAGUGGCCACUGAGAACCAUGAAGGUUGUCCCAGAGAAGAAUGCUGUCCGGAUACUGUGGGGACGAGAACGGGGCACUCGGGCUUUGGGAGCUCAGCGGCUUCUGCAGGAGCUGGUGGAAGAUAAAACCCGAUGGAUGAAGUGGGAAGGCAAGAGAGUAGAACUUCCAGAUAGUCCACGAUCUACCUUCUUACUGGCCUUCAGCCCAGACAGGACUCUCUUGGCUUCUACCCAUGUGAACCAUAAUAUAUAUAUUACGGAUGUGAAGACUGGCAAGUGUGUGCACUCUCUGAUUGGACACCGCCGUACUCCGUGGUGUGUUACUUUUCAUCCCACCAUCUCAGGCCUUAUUGCUUCUGGCUGCCUAGAUGGGGAGGUGAGAAUUUGGGAUUUACAUGGUGGCAGUGAAAGCUGGUUCACAGAUAGCAACAAUGCCAUUGCCUCCCUGGCUUUCCAUCCCACGGCUCAGCUUCUGCUGAUUGCUACCGCCAAUGAGAUCCAUUUCUGGGAUUGGAGUCGACGGGAACCCUUUGCUGUGGUGAAGACAGCUAGUGAGAUGGAACGAGUUCGUCUGGUGAGAUUUGAUCCGCUUGGACACUACUUACUCACAGCAAUUGUUAACCCUUCUAACCAGCAGGGUGAUGAUGAACCAGAGAUCCCCAUAGAUGGGACGGAAUUAUCUCACUACCGCCAGCGUGCCCUCCUGCAAUCACAGCCAGUUCGACGGACACCUCUCCUCCAUAAUUUCCUGCACAUGCUGUCCUCCCGCUCUUCUGGCAUCCAGGUGGGAGAGCAAAGCACGGUGCAAGAUUCUGCCACCCCCUCACCCCCACCGCCUCCCCCUCAGUCCUCCACGGAGCGCCCCAGGACUUCCGCUUACAUCAGGCUCCGACAGCGGGUCACUUACCCCACAGCUGAGUGCUGCCAGCACCUUGGGAUCUUGUGCCUUUGCAGCCGCUGCUCUGGCACUCGAGUUCCUUCCCUCUUUCCACACCAGGACAGUGUGCCCCCUGCUUCUGCCAGAGCUACUACCCCUUCCUUUUCUUUUGUACAGACCGAGCCCUUCCAUCCCCCGGAGCAGGCCUCAUCAACGCAACAGGACCAGGGCCUCCUGAACCGGCCGUCUGCCUUCAGUACAGUCCAGAGCAGCACUGCCGGCAACACACUCCGCAACCUCAGUCUGGGUCCCACCCGUCGCUCUUUGGGAGGCCCCCUGUCUAGCCACCCUUCUAGGUAUCACCGAGAACUAGCUCCUGGGUUGACAGGAUCUGAGUGGACCCGGACAGUACUCAGUCUGAAUUCCCGUUCUGAGGUAGAAUCCAUGCCCCCACCUAGAACCAGUGCCUCGUCAGUGAGUUUGCUCUCUGUGCUGAGACAGCAGGAAGGUGGCUCUCAGGCAUCUGUGUACACUUCAGCCACAGAAGGGAGGGGCUUUCCAGCCUCAGGAUUGGCAGCUGAGUCAGAUGGAGGCAACGGCUCCAGCCAAAACAACUCGGGCACCAUUCGCCAUGAACUUCAGUGUGAUCUGAGACGCUUUUUCUUGGAAUAUGACCGACUUCAGGAGCUGGACCAGAGCCUGAAUGCGGAAGCUCCUCAGGCCCAGCAGGCACAAGAAAUGCUCAAUAAUAACAUUGAAACUGAAAGACCAGGCCCCUCCCAUCAGCCCACCCCGCAUAGCAGUGAGAACAACUCCAAUCUGUCCCGUGGUCACUUGAAUCGAUGUCGUGCUUGCCAUAAUCUUCUGACCUUCAACAAUGAUACUUUGCGUUGGGAAAGAACCACACCCAGCUACUCCUCUGGUGAGGCUAGCUCUUCCUGGCAGGUCCCUACUACCUUUGAAGGCAUACCAUCAAGUGGCAGCCAGUUGCCCCCUCUUGAGCGGACUGAGAGCCGAACACCCAACUCUAGCAGGCUGGAGUUGAGCAGCUCUGCUAGUCCACAAGAAGAGAGAACUGUGGGGGUGGCCUUUAAUCAGGAGACAGGCCAUUGGGAAAGAAUUUAUACCCAGUCCAGCCGAUCUGGAACUGUAUCACAGGAGGCCUUACAUCAGGAUAUGCCUGAAGAAAGCUCGGAGGAAGAUUCACUCAGGAGGAGGCUGCUGGAGUCUUCCCUCAUUUCAUUAUCCCGUUAUGAUGGAGCAGGAUCCAGAGAGCACCCAAUAUACCCAGACCCAGCGAGGGACAAUGGUGAUAGAUCCAGGCACCGAGCUCCCCGCAACGCCCGAAUGUCUGCACCUUCACUUGGGCGCUUUGUCCCCAGGCGUUUCUUGCUGCCUGAGUACUUGCCUUAUGCUGGGAUUUUUCAUGAACGUGGACAGCCUGGCUUGGCUACUCAUUCUUCUGUUAACAGGGUCCUGGCAGGGGCCGUGAUUGGUGAUGGACAGUCUGCAGUGGCCAGUAACAUUGCUAAUACUACUUACCGGCUCCAGUGGUGGGACUUCACUAAGUUUGACCUCCCAGAAAUCAGUAAUGCCUCUGUGAAUGUGCUGGUGCAGAACUGCAAGAUCUACAAUGAUGCCAGCUGUGACAUUUCUGCAGAUGGCCAGCUUCUGGCAGCUUUCAUCCCUAGCAGCCAGAGGGGCUUUCCUGAUGAAGGCAUCCUAGCAGUGUACUCCCUGGCUCCCCAUAACCUGGGCGAAAUGCUCUAUACUAAGCGAUUUGGUCCCAAUGCCAUUUCAGUGAGCUUGUCCCCCAUGGGCCGAUACGUCAUGGUGGGCUUGGCCUCCAGAAGGAUCCUGUUGCACCCCUCUACAGAACACAUGGUGGCCCAGGUCUUCAGGCUCCAACAGGCCCAUGGUGGCGAAACCUCCAUGAGGAGAGUUUUCAAUGUCCUUUACCCCAUGCCUGCCGACCAGCGGAGACACGUCAGCAUCAACUCUGCCCGCUGGCUGCCGGAGCCAGGGCUUGGACUGGCCUAUGGUACCAACAAAGGAGACCUGGUGAUCUGCCGACCAGAGGCCUUAAACACUGGGAUUGAGUACUACUGGGACCAGCUGAGCGAGACUGUCUUCACUGUCCACUCCAGCAGCCGGAGCAGUGAGCGGCCUGGAACAAGCAGAGCCACAUGGAGAACAGACAGAGACAUGGGUCUCAUGAAUGCGAUUGGGCUGCAGCCUCGGAACCCCACAACCUCAGUGACAUCUCAGGGCACCCAGACUCUGGCCCUUCAACUUCAGAAUGCUGAAACACAGACCGAGAGGGAGGUCCAGGAGCCAGGGGCAGCAGCCUCAGGGCCUGGAGAUGGUGAGGGCUCUGAGUACGGCGCAGGUGGGGAGGACGCCCUCAGCAGAAUCCAGAGGCUGAUGACCGAGGGUGGCAUGACAGCAGUGGUGCAGCGGGAGCAGAGCACCACCAUGGCCUCCAUGGGAGGCUUUGGCAACAACAUCAUUGUCAGCCAUCGAAUUCACCGGAGCUCCCAGACGGGCACUGAGCCUGCUGCCCCCCGCGCCUCCUCACCCCAGCCCUCCACCUCUCGAGGACUGCUCUCUGAUCCUGGCCAACUGGCAGAGCGGGGCCUAAGCCCCCGGACAGCCUCCUGGGACCAGCCUGGUACUCUUGGGCAAGAGCCACCCCCACCAUCUCGGCCCCCUUCCUCCCCUGUUCCCCUUCCCAGCACUGAGGGACCAACCCUGCACUGUAACCUGACCAGUAACAACCACGUUCCCGAUGGCGGUGGCAGCAGCAAGGGGGAAGCUGCGGGCCCCAGUGGGGAGCCUCGGAACAGGUAGAGAAGACAUGUGCACUGGUGCCUCCCUUGAACCACUGAGCAGAGACUGACCUCACAGCUGACUGGGAACUGGACAUACAGAAGAGCCGCUGGCUGCGUCAGAACGGAAGUGUAAGGGUGGGGCGUCGAGAGGAGUCAGUCCGUGGGCAUGAGGCAGUUGGAUGGGCAAGGCCUGCCUCAGGGGACUAGAACUUUCCAGGGUCUGGAGCCCAGGAGGACUGCAGUGCUGGGUUCGUCAUGAACUGAGGAGCUAGUGGUUGUCUGCCAUGAAACUCCCUUUUUCCUAGGAACUUGGGUUCAAGAGAGCCCAGAAGGAUAACCAGUCUUCCAGAUCUAGGCCAAGGCAUCCUGCACAGAGGCCAGUGGGGCACUUUUGCCUGUCUACCUGUUGCAUGGGCAAAGCCACCAGGAGCCCAAAGACAGGAGGAGUGGCUGCCCCUAGAAACCACCUUCAUCUCUUGAGACUUCCAGAGCUCCUCUCUUCAUCAUCUUACCCACAAAAACAAGAAUCAGGGUGGGCCAGGCUCCCAGAUUCCUGAGGACAGGGACUUCCUGCAUUUACUACUGGGGGACAGCCAUGGGUAAGGGGUCAGUCUACUUGCUGAACACAAGAUGAGGUCAUGAGACUGUGGACAGGCCCUCCUCAGGAGUAGGGGGUGUUGGCUGGCCCAUCCAGCUCCUCCUUGCCCCCAAGGGUCCCAGCAGCACGAGUAGGGGUCAGUAUUACCUGAGCCAAGGCCAGAGGAGAGGUGAAACUCCAGGUCAGAAUGUGAGGUCUUGGUCUGUGAUUUAAGAUGUUGCAUGUGGAAUCCUGAACUGUACAUGUAGUUUCUAGUGGAGAAAAUCAAGGCUUUGAUUAUUUUGUUUUUAGUAUGAAAAUGUGAUUUCCUUUCUGUUUGUAACUCAUCAUAGCAACAUUUUGGUGGGAGGAGAGGGGAUAGUCUGACUGCUAAUGAGGGAAACACCAAAGAUCUACAUCAUUAAAAUGAUACAUGCCCCUC